AUGGAGGAUUUGCAACUCGACUUCUCAGGUAACAAGAGCUAACAGGUUUUUUUGUAUAUUUGUAUGGAAAUAGUGCAGCGAAUUGACUGAUCAGCCUCUGAAGAAAUUGCCUCGUGCAAGGUAAUGCAGAUUCCGGAAUCCGGGAAAUUUUUGCUUGUGGAAUCCGGAUCCGGAAUCCCGCAAACAAUUGUAAUCCAGAAUCCAAGUUCCACUGACAAAGAAUUCGGAAUCCAGUAGCUCCGGAAUCCACAACGUGGAAUUCAGAAUAUAAUCCAAGACUGUCUUGGAUCGCCUUACAUGGGGGCAAAAGAAAUGUUUCUAAUUCGUAAACGGAAUAGGGAUCUUUUCCUUAUUAUCUUCGCUUGACAUUUUUUCGCCGAACUAAUUCUCUAAUAAUAUGUUUUAAUAUUUACUGUAGAUCUUUCAUUGAUUUUACGGCAUGAAUACCUCUCAGUUUACUUCGUUAUAAUAAUUAUUUGAGGGAGCCUAUUCCUUUUAAGCAUGGUGGUUUCCUUUGGGCCUCCUCGCCAUUAGCUUGUAAAAUAUUAAGAACUUCUUCUGCCUCGCACGUCUUAUCGCAAAACAAUAAACUUAACUCUUGAACUUGAAACCUAUGUCAUAAGGUUUAAGCUGCGAUGGCGGAUUAAGCAUUGACGCAAAUCUAGAGCUUAACCUGGGAGGCGACACUGGUGGAAUUGAUUUGGGUCAGAUUCAGUUUCCUAAUCGACAAGCAAGGCAGAUACUGUCUGGAACUUCUCAGGCUCGACCGAACCUUGGUGGUGUUGUGUUGGGACAACCUGGCGUCCAACUUCAAGGCACAUCUCAAGCUCGACCGAACCUUGGUGGUGUUGUAUUGGCACAGCCUGGCGUCCCACUUCAAGGGCAUUCUCAGGCUCGACCGAACUUUGGUGGUGUUGUGUUGGCACAGUCUGGCGUCCCACUUCAUACAGCACCACCUACUGGUCAACAAUCAGUCCAAGUUUCUUCUAUGUCAUAUACCAAUGUAAGACUAUGUCUUAACACCAUUGUAACGUUUUUUAAUGCGCCAACAGGCAAAAAGAAAUAAAAAUUAUCACAAGCUGGAGAAAUAAGGUACUCUUUCCCAAUGUUCAUCGAAAUGUCGAUGCACUGAUGACAUACGCUUCUUAUAUUAUUUGGCCUUAAUGUUUUUACUUGGGGCCAGAGUAAACAUCGGCGCAACCGCUGUAAAAAGUAGAAGGCGUGACCAGUAGUUACAUCUCACCUACCAUGAAGUUAAAAAAUAGGGAGGGAUAUUCUUUAAAAAAAGGUACUUAGUUGUGCCAAUUUUUUUCAUUUUUCUCGGAAUCUACUCAGAGUAAAAAGUUUCUUUUCAUCAAAAGCACACGAAUAAACUGAUCUCGCGUGGUAUUCUGUUUUCUCUGCUUUUGCGUUAAACUUCCUAACAGAUAUUUUUUCUUAAAUCAAAAGCUCAUUGAUUAUGUUCAAACCUUAAUGGAUCUUAAUGAUAGAUUGCACAGUGAUAAAACAGUGUUUAAUUUUUGUGCUUUGCUUUGUGGCGAUUAUGAUAGCACGGUUACCAAGAUCAACCGCCGCCGUACCAUGCCCCACCUGUCACCGUUCAGCAGCCUCCUUACAGUGGUGCAGCAACUAUAAUUACUACACCAAAUGGGCCACCUGUGCCACAAGUGACACACAUGCAUAAUGGUUUACCUGUACAGACAGCUCAGCUUGCACAAAUGCAGCAGGUAUUUUACAGUUUUAUAUAAUCAUUGACGUGGCGCGGUUAUGUGAUGUGUUUCGAAGUUCGAAUUCGGUUUCUUUGUAUCUCGCAAGUAGAAUCUCCUCCCCAGAAUCUGAGAACACUUUUCUCCAACAGAAAUUAAAAGGUGCUGGCUUCACUACAAGAGUUGAAACUUGGUUGACGAUUUGUCACUGGUGUCGUAAUAAACGGCUUAACGAAUAAGAAUGUAAAGCUGUUUUAACAGCAGAUAACUUGCUUGUAUAAAUCUAAUCACGUACACUACUAAUAUUUACUUCUGUAUAUCUAAAUUUAGAGACCUGUUGUAGUGGCUCCGACUCCUUCAAUUUGGAUGGCACUAUCUAUUUUUUCUGUCAUAUUUUGUAUGCCACUUGGAAUAAUAGCCUUUGUGUUUUCUUAUCUGGUAAGAUAAUUUCGGCCAUUGUUACUUUGCAUUUGCCUACCGGUCUGUUUAGUUAUGACCUACGACUAAUCCUAACCCUAACCCUCGUAAGUUUUAUUUUUUUCAUGUCGUAGGCAAAUAGUAUUUUUAGGAAAUUGUAGUGGUGUUCACCAGAAAGUAAAGCUCAGCAGCAGAAAUCGCAAAAAGGAGCAAGAAGUUGGUACAGGCUCUCUUACUGAUCUUGUGCUCCCCUGGCCAUGUUAGAUCCUCUGCGUAUCCCAGAGGACGCGUACACGUAUUUCCAAUGUAGUCAUCAUUUCCAGCAAAUUAGAAAACUAAUGUACAAUUUUUAAAUUAUUCUUUACCCUGAACUGACACUCCUUUCAUAUUAAGUUACGCUAAAAAAGUAAUAAAUUCAUUAUAGCAACCUAUACACGAUGAAUUGAAUCCGCUAACAAUUGUGUGUAAACUGAUUAAACUUUACUAUCAAAUGUGUCUAGUUUUUCUCACAUAAUCUUUGUUUCACGUUCGGUUUUAGGUCAACGAGUCACUCAAAAGAGGAGAUCACCAAGAAGCAGUCAGAAACUCAAACGCUGCUAUGUGGCUAAAUGUGCUUGCCAUAAUAACCGGUUUACCUUUGUGGAUAUUUAUUUUUUAUGCAGUAUAUUAG